AAGCAGUAGAGGCGUAUAUACGGACCAGACAAAAAACUGGCCUCGAGUGACGGUGGUCUCGCGGGGCGUGGCAGUGGCGGGCGACGGCCUGACUCGACCUCCGCGGCCCGGCUCAGUCAGAGGGUAGACUUCAUGAGCAACGGCAGUAUGCAGCGAUCUGAACCCGUAAAAGGCGCAGCCCUAGUGGUGCUGCUACUUGCCCUACACACUGUGCUGGUUGAAAGUGGGGGAGCGUAUGGCGGCGGCGGCGGCGGUGGCUUUGGCCAUGGACCUGUGUUGGGAGACGCCAAUGCCUUCGGGUGUCGUCCUCAAGUCCACUAUAUCACGCAUUACCGCACCAAGUUCCAGGAUGUACCGGUUUACAAGACGGUUAUAGCGACCGACGUGGCGGUGAAGAACCGAAACGAACUCGUCUACAGCACCGUGGUCAACAUCGAGACAGUCUCACUCACCUCAACGGUUCUUGAGACCACUACGGAAAUUGUAACCAGUGUGGCUCGCAGCGAGGUGAUAAAAACUAUAACGAAUGUGGUCUCGGUUCCCUACUACACCACCACCAUAGAGUACCUGCAGCAGACGCGAGUCGUGGACAUCACCUCACACGUGUUCGACGUCGCGGAGUACGCCUACCCCGUCACCCUCACCGAGGUGGCAACGGCCGCCGCUACCAUUGACCUGCCCGUGACUGUGGUCGAAAAGAGUGCGGCGCCGCUGUUUAGGGAUCACAUUAUCCUUAACACCAUUACUAAGUACGUGACCGUGACGCACACUAACCCCGGCUAUGGCUACCAGAACGACGUUGCCUACGUAACUCAAAACGUCGUGGACUAUACGCCUUCCUACGUCACGAAGACCCAGUACAAGACGAAGCACGUCACCCACACCACCUUCGUGAACGUCCCAUCCUACUCCACGGUGUUUGGCCCCUGCAAUUACUAUUAACCCUGUUACCUCGCGGCUCUUUUUUUUCAUGAACCCUUACUUUCACCUCAUUUCUUAUCCUGUAUUAGUAUUAGCACUGCAUUGUAUAUAUCUCUUAUGCCUUUGUAAACAUUGCUGAAAACUAAGAUCAGCAGAAAUUUGUUUGUAAACGUGUCAUUAUUUUUACUUUUUUUUCAUGUUCAUCACUUUCUCUCUAACACAUGAGCAAGUAGCCACUGCCCUGGUCAUGGCAGGCAAUAUUCAAAGGCCAGUCUUGUGUCUCUCAUCACUAUAGACUUCCUUGUACAAUGAUAUUUUCCCAUUAGUAUUAUUGUUUUCGAAUUGUUAAGUUUUCUUCUUAGCUGAACCCCAUGUUUUAUGCCCAUGUUUAGGAUACAUUUUACUUUUCUACGGAUAUAACUCAUAAUAUGAUCCAAAAAAAAUGAACAUCUCCAAUAAACACUUAUUUGUGUAA